UGUCACAUGCUCUAUUGUCAUCACAUUCUCAAUAUGUGCUGUCCUGCAGAAUGAGGAACUUGACAACAGAAACAAGGCAGCUGAAAUACAUGCUCUCUGAAUGCAAGACGAAUAGCGGGGAACAAAAAGGGAGUAAUGCGUAAAAUAAACUUGAAGGAUGUCUGUACCAGCAUGAGGUGUCUCUUCGGGCAUAUCUUUAGCAGGGCAGCUCUGAUCAUGCUGAUUUUACUGUGUAUCAGAGAGUGUAAUCCAAUGCCAGACCCCCAUCAGAGGGAUCUGAUGCUGAAGCAGGAGAUCUCCCAGCAAGUAGGGGGCAGAGUGGAGCUCACUCCAGCCGAACUGCAGCUGGAUUCACUCCUACACCAGCUCAAGCUGAAGGAAAUGAUUUAUUCACCUUUCCCACCUGCCAAUCACUUCUUCAAAGUGCGGCACAUUGUGCAAAAAAGCCCUGUUUUCAAACUGCUACAGAAAAUGCCAAAAGGUGCUGCCCUUCACAUCCACAGCUCUGCUAUGGUGAGUGUGGAAUGGCUGGUGCUGAAUGCAACAUACAGGCCUCAUUGUUACAUCUGCUUCACGUGGGACGGGUCACUGCAGUUCCUUUUCUCUACCACUAUGCCCUUUCCGCGUUGGGGAUGCUUUGUCUGGAAACGGCUAGACAUGCUGAGGGCCAGUCUCAGUGACGUCUCUGCCUUUGAUAACAGUUUAAUGCGGAAUCUUACACUCUUCACGGAAGACCCGGAGACAUCUUAUCCAACACAAGAUGCAGCAUGGGACAGGUUUGAGAAGAUUUUUAGUGCUCUAUCUGGGCUGAUCAACUAUGCACCUGUUUUUAAGGACUACAUUUACGAGGCUCUGAAGGAGCUUUAUGAAGACAACAUCAUGUACCUGGAACUGAGGGUCGGACAGUCCAAGGCGUAUGAACUGGAUGGCACUACUCAUGACAAAGCAUGGUCUCUGGAGGUCUACAGAAACAUCACUGAGCAGUUCAGAGCAAAUCAUCCAGACUUCAUAGGAACUCGUAUAAUCUUCACUGUCCACAGGAAUCUUUAUGUGUAUCAAGUGAAGCAGGCAGUGCAAGAAGCCAUUGAAAUGCAGCAAAAAUAUCCAGACAUCGUCGCUGGAUUUGACCUGGUAGGUCGUGAAGACACUGGAAGAUCUAUCUGGUACUUUCAAGAUGCCUUAUCACUCCCUUCAGAAAUGAAAACACAACUUCCUUUCUUUUUCCAUGCUGGAGAAACAAAUUUAGAUGGGACAGAUGUGGACAGGAAUGUGUUAGAUGCUCUGUUGUUUAACACCAGCCGCAUCGGACAUGGCUUUGCGCUGGGACAUCAUCCCCUGGCCAAGCAGCUCUCCAAGACGAGAGGGGUGGCCGUGGAGUUGUGUCCCAUUUCCAACCAGGUGCUACAGCUAGUCUCGGAUCUGCGAAACCACCCCGCCGCGGCACUAAUGUCAGACGGUCAUCCCAUAGUGGUGAGCUCUGAUGAUCCCACCUUAUUCGGGACCACAGGGCUCUCCUAUGAUUUCUACCAGGCCUUUGUGGGUAUUGGAGGGCUGAGCGCAAACCUGGGCACUCUAAAGGAAAUUGCGAUGAAUUCAAUCAGGUACAGUUCCUUGUCAGCACAACUACAGGAUAAAGCUAUGACGAUAUGGCAGGAAAAGUGGAAUAAAUUUGUAGCAGAGAAUUCAAAAGUUACUUAUAGUUAGUAGAAUGUUGAAAGUGGACCAUCAAAAUAAAGUGCAACCCAUUUUGGCUGGAUGUUCGAAUGUUUAAAGAACACUCAAAAGUAAAAUUCACAUAAUGAAGUAAAAUUCCAAUAAUCAAGUUUGAUCUGUGAGGUUUAUACAAAGUGUCUCACAUUUCAACAGCAUUUAUAUAAAUGAAUUACGCAUCCUACAUUUCAUAAUCCUGAAUUACCUACUGUAUCGUCCAGUUUUGAUUUCUGCACCCCUGAAUUAAAACUUCAUAUUUUC